AUGUUUUACACACAACAUCAAGAAAUGUUAAAUAUCGUAAGAGAGUAAUCGAAUGUUACUCAGCACUAGCAACUUUAACGUUCUAACAUACUUAUUGUGUAUGGUAUAUAUGUGUGGUGUGUGUUUUAGGAGGAGUGUAGAAAAAGGAUAGCCGAGUGCACAAUGAGUAAUGGUGCAAGUACACCGGUAUGUGGGAGCGACGGUGUUACGUAUUCGAGUCAGUGUCAGGUCAUCUCGAAGCAGUGUCAAGGCAUGUCUAUUCUUAUCAAACAUACUGGCCCUUGUCCAGAGACACCAGCAUGCUUCUCCGCAAGAUUGACCGCCAGGCCGGGUGCACGACCAGUCUGCCGCUCGGAUGGCACUUACGCGCCGGUGCAAUGUCACGAGGAAACCGGGUACUGUUGGUGCGUGACACCGCAGGGCAGACCGCUGCCCGACACCUCGGUAAGAAACGAAAGACCAAGAUGUGUGAAAAAACCUGGUCCCAGAUCUACUGCUUCCACCAGGAGCGGCCAAAGGAGGCGCUCGCCGAACUGGAAGCAGCGAAGGCAGUACAGCAGCAAGCACAGGAAUACCUGUGACCGGGCGGAAAAGUCCAAGUUCAACGGCAACCUAAUCGAGAACUUCAAGAUCGAGUACAGGCGGACGAACAUCUCCGCUGACGGCGACAAGAACGUGGAGAGGGUGUUGUCGUGGAAAUUCAUGACGCUGGACAAGAACGGGGAUGGAUAUCUAGAUAGGGCAGAGUACAAGGAGUUGAGGAGGCUAGCGAAGAAGGCGGUAAGGCCGAAGAAAUGCGCUCGCACGUUUGCCCGCACGUGCGACCUAAAUCGGGAUUUGAAACUCUCCAGGCAAGAAUGGGGUGCCUGCCUUGCGAACGACUUCACUCAUAAUUUAGAUCCAGUAAAGUUUCACGUGAUAAUGAUAAAAAGAAAGCAUAGCUUAUUAGCUAAAAUUUUAAUUAUUUCCCCUUAUUGUUCAUUGCCUGUAUCUGAAACUCUGAACUCAACGAAUAUCAAUUUACAGCAAACGAUUGAGAAGUUUUAUAUACCUGAAUGCACACCUGACGGAAGGUAUCAUCGAGUACAAUGUUAUUCUGGCUACUGUUGGUGCGUAUAUCAGGAUACUGGUAAACCAAUACCAGGAACAUCUUCUAAAGAUAGUACACCAAACUGUAAUCCAGUACCUACUCCUAGUAGACCCAUGAAAGGUUGUCCUGAACAAAAGAAACAAUUGUUUCUACGAGAUUUAAUGGAUUUAAUGUACAAGAAGAUGAAAGCCUCCGGCACGGAUUCCGAUGAAACGACGGCUAAGUGGCAAGCCUCUAAAGAGGAACAAAUAGCAACCUGGCAUUUCGUCAUGCUUGAUAAGAACAAAAAUAAGGCAAGGAUAAAAAUACAUUUUUAA